GACUUGUGAGUCUCACUUGUUUCAACAAAACAAAUUUAGAAGGUUGACAAAGUAAAGAAAUCACUAAUUCAAUUAGGCUGAAAUUUUGCAAUUUGCAAUUUUCAAUCAUUGAUUAUUAUAUGUUUUAAGGGAAACAAAUCUUAUAAAAAAAUGCUAACAAAUUUAAAUAUGGAAUAUUCAAGAAAAGGCCCGAAUCCCAAGCCCAACACAAAGCCCAAAGCGGAGCUUAUAAAUCUCCAAGCUCAGAAAACGGACGGUCCAGAUCAAAUCAUGCACCCCCACCAACUUAAAUUCAAAUUUGAUAGAAGUAACGUUACGAUUCCGGAGCCUCAGGUUCGGAUACUCCGAACCUACUUAUUUCCUUACAGAAAGUAAAAAAGGAAGGUUUAUUAAUUAAUUAAUCAAUUAAUAAAUUAACACAUAAACAAUUUCAGUCUUGAUUUUCUUCACCUCAACUGAGAGAGAUUCAAUUCGCAUUUCACAGCUUUGAUUGCAGACCCAUUUCUGUCUUGAUUUUCUCUCUCUUAAAAAUUUAGGGUUUUUGCAUUAUUUCUAUGUAAUCCCGCCCAGUUGUGGAAAUAAAUCUUAAUCAGUUUUAAUGGAGGAUUUAACGAGAAGAGGCACUGUGGGGGAGAUGAACUUCGCUUCUAGAAGAGCUGAAGAAGCAUCGCUUAGACGGUAUCAAGCUGUACAUUGGCUCGAUUACCUUGUGGGCCCGCUCGGAAUACAGAGCCAACCGUCGGAGAAAGAGUUCAUUUCUUGCUUGAGAAACGGGCUAGUUCUUUGCAACGUAAUAAACAAAGUUCAACCCGGUUCGGUUCCAAAGGUAAUCGAAAACACUUUACUUUCGCCGUCACUUCCAUGGGAUUCCCAGCCAUUGCCAGCUUAUCAGUACUUCGAGAAUCUUCGGAACUUUCUAAUGGCAGCCGAAGAUAUGAAGCUUCCUAUUUUCGACGCUUCGGUUUUCGAAAGGGAAAAUUUGGAGGUGGGGUCGUCGACUAAGGUUGUCGAUUGCAUUUUGGCACUAAAGGCUUUCCAUGAAUGGAAGCAAAUGACAGGUGGCAACGGGGUUUAUAAACCACCGAGAUCGCCUAUUGUAAAUUCAGCUGGAAGAAUUCACGCUCGUACUCCAUUAUUGGUAUCUCGUGACACUUCGAGGAAAUUAGACUUAUCGGGAGAGAGAAACAAAGAAAUGCCAUCGGCGAAUGAUAUAAGGAAAUUAGAAGAUAAAAUAGUGAAGGCACUUGCUGAACAUAUGGUUGAGACGAAGGAAAACUUGGACAAUAACCUAGUUGCUUCUUAUCAUAGUGGAAGAAUGGACUCGGUGAAUAUUUUUAGCAAGAUUCUAUCGAGUUGCUUCGAGGAACAAUUUAGAAGAAAAUUUCCCGAGAUGAAACUGAGUAUAUUGGAGAAUUUAAGAGAGAGAAGCUGCUCACCUGUGCGUUCCACAUUUUUGCCACUAACCGACUUGUUGAAUCUAGAAAACCGCAAGUGUUGCAGAGCUUGCUUAAAGAAGGGUAGCUGUAAUCACUGGAAUCUAGUCGAACAGCAAGAAACCGAACUUAUCAAUAUCAAACAGUUGCUAUCGAGUGCAAAGAAGGAAGUCGAGAGCCUGCGCUUUCAGCUUCAAAGUGAUCUGAAACAACUUGGAGAUCAAGUGCUUGAAAUGUCAACUGCUGCUCUUGGCUAUCACAAAGCUGUAAAAGAGAAUCGAAAUCUCUACAACAUGGUUCAGGAUUUGAAAGGAAAUAUUCGAGUUUAUUGCAGGAUUAGACCUGUGUUUAGUUCCAAGGUACAAAAUGUUGUUGAUUUUAUCGGAAAAGACGGCUCUCUAGUGGUUAUGGACCCGAAUCCUCUAAAAGAUGCCAAGAGAAUAUUCCAAUUUAACCGUGUUUUCGGUCCAACAGCCACUCAAGAUGAGGUGUUCGUGGAUACACAGCCUCUUGUUCGAUCUGUAAUGGAUGGUUAUAAUGUGUGUGUAUUCGCUUACGGUCAAACUGGAUCUGGUAAACACACACUAUGGUGAGAUUCUUUUACAUUGUAGUAUACUUGCGAGUGUUGACUUAAUUGUAUUUUAGUCAACUCAUAUAUUUAUACGAACCAUUGACAGUAUGUCCUCCGGGUGAUCGUCAGUGAGAUGGGAUGUACGAGCUCAUUUCCCGACACCUGGAGUUUCUUUAACUAUUUAGUUACAUUAGAGAUCCGAACUUGUGUGAGUGACGAUAGCUUGGCUCUUCCGGAAGCUACAUUACGCCCUGUCCAGUCAGCAACCGAUGUAAUAAACCUAAUGCGCCUCGGUGAAAUAAACCGCGCAGUUGGCUCCACUGCCAUUAACAUUACAAGCAGCCGAUCACACAGCAUAUUGUCUGUCCACGUGCAUGGCGAAGAUUCUUCCGGAAGCAAACUCCGAAGCUGCCUCCACUUGGUCGAUCUAGCUGGCAGCGAACGGGUCGACAAGUCGGAAGUCACAGGCGAUGGGCUGAGAGAAGCACAGCACAUAAACAAAUCGCUCGCCUGUCUGAUAGAUGUUAUGACAGCCCUGUCGCAGAAGCAAUCCCAUAUUCCGUACCGCAACAGCAAGCUCACCUUACUUCUGCAGAACUCUUUAGGAGGAAAUGCGAAAACGCUGAUGUUUGCUCAUGUGAAUCCCGAGGGAGAUUCUUUUGGAGAAACGAUGAGUACGUUGAAAUUCGCGCAGAGGGUUUCGACUGUAGAAUUAGGGGCUGCUCGUGCGAAUAAAGAGAGCAAUGAGGUUUUAGAGCUUAAAGCAGAGAUAGAGAGCCUCAAAAAGGCAUUGGUAAACAACAAGGAAAUAAUCCAAAGUCCAACGACGAAAAAAACGGCUGAGAAAACACCCCCACGCACCAGAAGAUUGAGCAUCGAAAACGGCAACCGGGGGGCCAAAACCCCUUCCGGAAAACCUAAACCUUUGAUCACCGAGCGAACCCCUCCACCACGUGCUAGAAGGUUGAGCAUCGAAAACGGCGCCUGCAUGGAGAAGAAGGGGGCCAAAACCCCUUCCGAAAAACCUAAACCGUUAAUCCCCGAGCGAACCCCUCCACCACGGUCUAGAAGGUUGAGCAUCGAAAACGGCAACAAUGCCUGCAUGGAGAAGAAGGGGGCCAAGACCCCCCCGACUCACUCUCGGAGAUUAAGUCUAGAAGGGGGCCAAGACCCCCCAAACUCUUUACUGGACCAAUCAAAUCGAAGAGCUCCUCCUCGUAGUCCGAUAAAUUCCACUCUAAAAAGUCCAGUGGUAAGAAUUGAUGAUUCAGCAGUAAAGAAAGUUCCAUCUUUUUCGGAACUUUCUAAUCAAAGAGGUCCUAAAAGUCCGAUAAAUUCUGCUCCAAAAAGUCCGUUGGUAAAAAUUAUCGACACGGCGUUGAUUCAAAUUCCGAAAACGCCCGAUCCACAAAUAAGAUUGAGGAACGAGAUUCAAAGAGCGGGGCCACUAAUAGAAAUCGAGACCCCUUUGUCGAAUCAUGUAAAAGGAACUUCUCACAUUCGAAAAUCUCUUCGAACUAUAGGCAAACUGAUUAAUGGAUCGGAGAAGAGGAAACAAAUCGAAGCGACGACACCUUUGAAUGGAAACAUUGUGCAUGAUCCAAAGUCACCGAUUUCAACUAAUGCAAGGGCUUUGAGGAGGCAGUCGAUAACCGGCGGCAUGCAGCUUCCGGAAAGGUCUAGAAGAUCUUCGCUUGGAGGGGUUCCGACCGACGCUUAUGGAAAUGAAAAUAGGAAUACGAAGACACCACCAACUGAUCAAGUUCGUGUUUCUUCGACAAAAUUUGCGAAACGUUGGCUUUAGAAUCACUCGUUGGGCGUAACCAUAGUAGGUUUUUUGCUUUGACUCGAAGCAUAUUAGUGAAAAUUGACAUUUGUUUUUAGACAAUUUUUUAUUAAUGGAAAUUUUAAGGUUA